CAUCCGAGCAUGUUUUGAUCGUCAAAAGUUUAGCAGAAAGGAAGAAAGCAGAGCAAGAGAAUUUCUAAACAUGAGUGAGCUGCUUGUCCUUAAAGGUCCAGACAUAGACUGCUCUAUUGCUUUUAGCAUGGCAGCAACUCCAUGUCCUUUGCCGGAUGUAAUGGAACCACUGGCUGACGUUACAUGUAAUUUGGACAUGUAUGAUGGAGGUAAUAUCUUUUUAUCAAAUAUCUCUCCUUCAAAUCUGAACAAUUCGUGCAGUAAGUCAUCACGGGAAGAAAUAAAAACAGAAUUUCAGGAUAACAUGGAUUUAAACAACAACGUUACUGCAGUAAACAACAUAGGCAAUUGUUCUGUAAAUACUGCCACUGUUGUAUCAAAUGAAGGGAAACCAGAAUUACCAAAACAAGGUCCUCGUGUAAAAUUCACAACAGGUCAAAACAUGAAUAUUUUCCUUCCACCGUUAGUACCUGCUAGUAUGUUGUUGCAGAAAGAAAGUUUUGAGUGUUCUACUUACGAAAUAAUCAAGAAAGAACCGCAUGAUACUGCCAUCGGAAUGAUUUGUAAUAAUUUUAAGGAAGAACGUUUUUCCAACAGUCAUAAUAAACUGUUAGCUAAUAAUAGUACGACAGAAUCUGUUGUUGAAAGGAAUGAGGAAGGUAGCAAUAAUAAGACGGAAUCUAACAAUGACGACGGUGAUAGGAUGGUGACUGGCUCUUGUUUAUUUGUGAAAAAGGACGAUGUGAGUCAGCAAGUGGCAGGCCCGCCUGAUACAACGUACGUUGAUUUAGUAACCACGGAUGAAGCGGAAGAGAAUAAUACAGGCGGUGCAGGUUGUGUUAACAAAAUUAAAAACUCCACUUCAGAUAAAUAUCGAUAUAAAAUUGAUCCGAAAAUUGUCACGAAAUUGAAAAAUCAAAGGCGCUACGACAAAUUGCGAAAGAUGACUUGUCGACGACGUCGUUGCUUUGAAGAAGGCGACAGUAUCGCUAGCCGGAUAAAUACAUCGAGUAAACGAAAAACACGAGUUGAAAAAUACUUUGUUGACUCUGAAAGCAGCGAUUAUGAGUUGAUAUCUGACAAUAUGGAUCAUCAUAUUGAUGUUUGCACGUCCUUAAACGAGUUUGAUAAAACUUCGUGUGACGUUGAAAUAAAUAAAACGAUUCCGGAAAAGCGAAGAAGAAAAAUCAUUUUGAAUCUUGAAGAUUUCCUGAGUGACACUGAUAAUGCAAAUGUAGCAAAGGAAAACGAUCCAAUCAAAACUAAAUUUAUUCAACACUGUCAAAAGGGUAAGAAAAGCAAGAAAAGUGAAAUAGAUUUAAGUAAGACUGAACGGAGCUUUCCUUCGUCUGUUGUAUGUAGAGACUUGAAUACUAUUUCAAUAGAUGAGCGUUUUAAACACCACAUGAAAAGUUGGAACAAAAAACAACGGCGGAGGGAGCGAGAAAAAGAGAAAAAACAGAAGGGUUCUCCAUUAGGGUGUGAAAUUAAUGGAAAUUUAGAAAUUAAAGUUACACCAAAUAUUGAGUCUGAAGAGAAGACCUCAAAUGCGAGCUCGCGUGUGACGUUCUCUAUGGAGUGCUUUAAACUUGGUGACAAAUCAUCUAAAUCUGCCUCCUCAAUUGCUGUUAGGAUGAAAAAGGGUAACAUGAAAUCAUAUAAUAGACGAGUGUAUACACAGUCAAUAAAAGAUGAGGACGCAUGUGCAAAUUUAUUAAGCAGAAACUUGCAAUCAAAAAUUACUGAUAAUUAUGGUUCGUAUGUAGCGUUUGAUAACAGUCUCAGAAACAAUGUUGGAAACUCGGAGCGUUUCCGUAAGACUAACAGCAUGAAAAAAACAUCGGGUUCAAUCAAAAAGAGGACGUCAUCGGCGGAAUGUUUGAUGAAGGCGAAAAGGCGUGGUUCGUAUGCAUUGGAGAAAAUGAAUUUUUUAUGAUGUAGUUACCAUUUGGUUGGAUCAAGUGCCUUUAAUAGACGUUUGCUUGUUUGGUUGCUUUAUUUAGUUUUUGGUGGGAGAGGAGUGGAGGGUGGUUUCUGUUACUUUUUUUGUUAUUGUUAUAUAUAUAUUUACAUGUAUUUAUAUUUAAGAAUGUUGUUACCGUCCUUCCCUGAUAGUACGCCAUGUGUUAUUGGGUUGGUUUAUCAAUGGAGCUCCCAAAAUCCUAUCUAAAGUGUUUAAUCAAGAGAACACUUUUGUGUUCUGGUAUCGAACUGUCUGACUAUAGGAGGGGUUUUGGAAAAACCUUCUUAAUUUUAGGAUGCUCUAACACACCCGCAAGGUACUCCUGGAUGGCCACGCAAUUUAAUUGGGUGUUUUAUAACAUACAUAUAUGGGGGUAUUUUAAAACGCCUCUGGGGUGUAAAGUUAGACGCUGUGUUUUAUAACCCGUGUGGGCGUUCUA